UAUCUUCGGGAAACCUGCGAUUCCCUAACGCGUGGUUCACACUACAAAAAAGAAGGCGACGCUGUAUUUUUAACAAUUAAACGUUUUUUAAACAUCUAAAACGAGAAAAAUAACUGAAAAAGAAGUCUGUGCGUGAUCGAAGAGCGUUGGUCGAUUUGCAGAGGAGCAGGCAAUCCGUAAUCAGCCGCUGUGAGAACCGUCGUAUAACCAAGACAAUGCAGCAAACAAAUGCGGCUUCUGGCGGGGAUUCGCUGCUCCCAUUGCGCACAUGCAACACCGCCGGAUGCAAAGUGGCCACCGUGGUGGAGAAGACGAAGAGGAAGUGCUCCCAGUUCGUGUCCGCGCCGUACAUAAUGCCCAAGCCAUUGGUCGUCAAUGGGCACACAUCGAUCUUUCAAGUGGGCGGCGAAAUGGCCAAAAUGGGCGACAUUCCGGCGCUCUCGAAAAUGAGUGGUGGAGAUGGUGGACAGCUAAUAUACCGGAUAAAGCCGGGCACCCAUGCCCAUGUCAUCAACUAUGUACUCAUCGACGAGGGCUCCGAUUCGCUGGAGAAGGCCAGAUCCGGCGACCAGGAGGCCAUGCGUCUGCUGCUGGAAUCGCAACGUGAUAGUGCUGUGUCCAAGCUGCACAAACUUUUAGCCAACCAUAAGGGAAGUCCGCCAUCGUGCUUUAUGACGGGUGCAUCGCUAAUGCCAUCACGGGCAGUGGCCACCGUCUCAACGGCUGCAGGCACUUCAGCGGCCACCGGCCAUGUGACUACUCCUCAAAUCCAUCCGAACUUCUCCAUCGCCAGCGUAGAGGGUGCAGUUCCAUUUAGACGCGCCGUUCCACCCUUGGCGGUGAAUCCUUCAGCACCAGCUCCAGCUCCUUCAGCCCCUCUCCCAGCUGUCAGUGCAGUUCAGGCUGACUCCGUGGAUCGCCUCCAGGCGGAGCUCGUCGAGCUGCGACGCACGGUGGCGCGCUUGGAGGAGAAUAGUCGCCGCUAGAUGAUUGACUUUCCUUUGCGAAGGGAUACUUUAGUUUAGCCAAAAACGCUUCGGGCAACUACUACAGCGCCCUACCCUAAAUAUAGUUAAUCUAAGUCACUGAGACAUUGUUAAUUCAAAUAAAUGUAGUACAACGAUAUUGUGUGUUUCCUAAAUGUAUAUCCAUAUACAUCUAAAGUUAUUCAAUAAAAAACUUAUGAGAAGUGGGA